AUGAUCGUGUCCUUCAAUAAAAAAUGGACUCUCGGUCUAGUUAUGCUGGUAAUAGUUAUAAUACUUUGGGUGCUCUCCUCGUUUCUGAUAAAUCUAAUCUUUGAAGAUGAUUCGUUUAGAAAACCAUUCUUCAUCACGUAUAUUAACACUUCAUCCUUUAUUUUUUAUUUAAUACCGACGUGUAAUUCCUUACUGGGCAAUUAUAAACGAACAGGAUCCUUUAAUAUUUACCAAGAGUUGAAACUAGAGGAAGAAGGGGCUACUAAUAGCGAACCAUUGUUACAUUCAGUCCCGUCAAUAACGCUAUCAUUAGGGGAAGGUUCAUCAUCCAGGAUACCCAAUGUAGGUAGUCCACUAAUACCUAAACCUGAUGAACCCACCGUUUCGAGCAAUACAUUGGAAACGAGUACGUCAAAUGAAGACUCACCUACAGAUUUAAUAUCCUUGAGUGACACAAUAAGGUUAAGUGCCCAGUUUUGUAUUCUUUGGUUUUUGGCCAAUUUUGUCACGAACGCAUCAUUGGCAUAUACCUCUGUGGCUUCCCAAACAAUACUUUCGUCUACGUCGUCAUUCUUUACCUUAUUUAUAGGUUCAUUAUGUCAUGUGGAGCAGAUAAACAGGUCAAAAAUAAUAGGUUCUAUAAUAUCGUUUCUGGGAACAAUGCUGGUAACCAAAUCAGAUGCUAAUAGUCGUCAUUUAAUCACUCAUCCCCCUAUGAAAUUUGAUACAACCAUAACGAGUUCAGGAGAUGAAGAUGAAUUCGACUCUAUACAAAUAUUAAUAGGGAAUUUAUUGGCUUUGGGAGGUGCAUUGUUUUAUGGGAUCUAUAGUACAUUACUAAAGAGGAAGGUUAAGGAUGAAUCCCGAAUGAAUAUGAAAUUGUUUUUCGGAUUUGUUGGUUUGUUCACUUUGAUAUUUUUAUGGCCUACUAUACUUUUCUUACAUUAUCAGGGAUGGGAAACAUUUGAGCUUCCAACCAGUCCAAGAGUCAUUCUCAUUGUGAUGGUCAAUUGUAUCAUUACAUUCGUUAGUGAUUUUUGCUGGGCAAAAGCAAUGUUAUUGACUACACCACUUACUGUUACAGUAGGGUUGAGCAUGACCAUUCCCUUAGCCAUGUUUGGAGAUUUUGUCUUUAAGCAUAAAUCCAUGUCACUAUUAUAUUCUGUUGGGGCAAUUUUAAUUCUGGGUUCAUUUUUUGUGAUAAAUAAAAGCUCGGAAGAAGAGCAUGAUAAUUCUGAACAUCAUGAGAAUACGGAUGCAAUUGAUAUAUAA